AUGAACCCUGUAACAGCUCCACCUAAUUACCAACUUCCAACUUCUCAAUUCACAGCUUUUAUGAAAGCUGAGACCAAAACAUUAGGGACUGUACAGAUCAUGAUUGGCAUUUGGACUUUUUUGCUUGGUAUAGUUUUAUCCACAGAUUAUCUUUCGCCAUUGGUCCUCAGUGGAAUCACUCUGUGGGGAUCACUUCUUUUUAUAUCUUCUGGUGCUCUGUCAGUUGCUGCAGCAAACAACUCUUAUUCCUGUGUGGUUAAAUCUGCACUGGGACUGAAUGUGGCGAGUGCUGUGGUUGCAGGUUUUGCCAUAAUUCUGCUUGUAGCGGACAUGAUAUUUGUGUACAGUGACACCAGGCAUCUGAGGAAUGGAAUCAAUGGAGUUCUACUUAUUUUCUCUCUGCUUGAGUUGAUCAUUUCUAUCUGCACUUCUGUUUUUGCCUGUAAAGCCACCUGCUACACUGAGACCACAGUUAUGUAUUCACAUCCGAUGUAUUCGCAGCCGAUGUAUCCACAGCCGAUGUGUCCGCAGCUGAUGAAUGCACAGCAAAUAAAUGUACAGCCGAUAAAUCCACAGGUUAUGAAUCCACAGCCGAUGAAUACACAGCCAAUGUAUCCUCAAUCUAUGAAUCCACAGCCGAUGUAUAAUCCUACAUUUUACAACUCACAGGAUCCACAGCAAUCAUCUGUAGUCACCUGCAACAAGGUUUAAAUUAUAGUUUAAUUGUAGUGGCUAUUUUCUUAAACGUUGUGUACACCUGGAAUUAAAACCUGGUACUUUAUACGUUCUUUAAAUCUUCACAUUGUCUAACAAUGAUGUCUGAAAUCAAG